AGCAUCACGAGCAAGCCAGGGCUCCGCUCCCGCCGGCUUUCUGCGCGCCUUGGAAGGACGGCAUGUUUGGCUGUGGGCUCCCGGGCGCUGUGCUGGGCGGGCUCCUGGGCUCCUGGCUCCUCCUAGCAGGAUCUAAUUUAGGAUCCAAGCUGAGAGGUCCAAAACUAAAUACACAAAAACAAUAUGUCAUACAAGCAGGAGAUUCUUUAAACCUCGUGUGCAGUGGGGAAGUGGCCCAUUCAUGGUCUUUGCCUGAAGGUCUAAGUAAAGACAGCAGACGUCUAAAUAUCACUACAUAUACUUGCGGAAGAAACAAAAGACAGUUCUGUAGUAGCCUGACUUUGAACAGAGCACAAGCAAAUGACACAGGAUAUUAUAGCUGCAACUAUCCAUCCUCAAAUGCUGUAAGAAAGAAGACAGUAUCUACAACAUAUGUAUUUAUUAAUGAUACACACAGUCCAUUUGUAGAGGUGCACAGUAAUAUACCAAAAACUAUGAACAUGACUGAUGGACAAGAGCUUAUCAUCCCAUGCAGAGUCACAGCACCAGAUAUUCCUGUUACAUUAAGAAUGAUUCCAGGUGAAGUUCCCAAAGGGAAGAUUAUCUGGGAUAGUACUAAAGGUUUUAUAGUACCAAAUGCUACAUUUGAAUUCAUAGGCCUCUUCAGUUGUGAGGCAAUUAUUGGUGGACACAAAUACAAUACUAUGUACCUAACAUACAGACAAAAAAACAUCAUCUUUAAUGUCAAAUUAAAUGCCUCAAGACCAGUCAAGUUGCUAAAAGGAGACAACCUUGUUCUUAACUGUACUGUCACUGCAUCCUGGAACACAAGAGUGCUUAUAACAUGGAAUUAUCCUGGUGAGAGAAGCAAAAGAGGCACCAUAACUUCAAGCAUUAACCAACGGAAUUAUGGAGCCAAUGUAUUCUACAGUAUUCUUGUUGCUGAUAAAGUUCGUGAUGUUGAUAAAGGACUCUAUACUUGCAAUGUAAAGAGUGGCGAAUCUCUCAGAUCGGUUAAUGCAACUGUCCACAUUUAUGAUAAAGCAUUCAUCAGUUUGAAACACCGAAGAAAAAAUGUUCUGGAAGUUGUAUCUGGCAAGAAAUCAUAUCGAAUUUCUAUGAAAGUGAAAGCAUUUCCUACACCAGAGGUUAUAUGGUUGAAGGAUGGGCUACCUGCUGCUGAGAUGUGUGCCCGGUAUAGAAUUAAAAGUUAUGCACUUACCAUAAAACAUGUUGCAGAAGAAGAUGCAGGAAACUACACUAUACUGUUGAGCACACAACAAUGGAACUUACGUAAAAACUUAACAGUCACACUCAGAGUAAAUGUGAAACCUCAGAUAUAUGAAAAAAUGUCCUCGCUUCCUGGUCCUAAUCUAUAUCAAGUUGGCAGCAAGCAAACCCUGACUUGCACCAUUUAUGGUAUUCCCCAGCCUACAAUUAAAUGGACCUGGAAUCCUUGCCACCAGAAUCAUUCCAGAUCAAGGCAUGACUUUUGCUCCAAUCCAGAGACACCUUUCACUUUGAAAUCUGGCAGCACUACAGGAAACAGAAUCCAAAGAAUCACCCAGAGAACAGCGAUGAUAGAGGGGAAGAAUAAGACUGCUAGCAUUUUGACUGUGGAUGAAUCCAAGGUAUCUGGAAUCUACACCUGCAUUGCUUCCAAUAAAUUAGGAACUGAUGAAAGAAACAUUCGUUAUUUCGUAACAGAUGUGCCGAGUGGAUUCCAUAUUAAUUUAGAGAAAAUGCCUAUUGAAGGAGAAAACCUGGUGUUAUCCUGUUUAGCCAGCAAAUUCCUAUACAAAGACAUUGCCUGGAUUUUACCAAGAACAGUUAACAACCAAACAAGAGUCAAAAAGGCAGCCACUAAGGAGUAUUCCAUUGACCUCACCCUUACCAUCAAGAACAUUUCACUUGAACAUUCAGGCUCCUAUGCCUGCAGAGCAAGGAAUAUAUACACUGGCGAAGAAGUGCUUCAAAAGAAAGACGUUACAGUCAGAGCUCAGGAAGCACCAUUUCUAUUGCGGAACCUCACUGAUAAGGUUGUCAACGCCAGUCACUCUCUUACUCUGGAGUGUCUUGUUCAUGGUCAACCAGAGCCUCAGAUAUCCUGGUUUAAAAACAGCAAAGAGAUACAGCAUCAACCAGGUAUAAUAUUAGGGCCAGGGAGCCAGAGCCUACUGAUUGAGAGGAUACAAGACGAUGACGCAGGGCUCUACCGCUGUGUGGCUGCUAACCUAAAAGGAGCAGUAGAAAGUUCAGCCUUUGUCACCAUUCAAGGAAUUCCGGAGAGCUCAAACCUAGAACUAAUCACACUGACAUGCACCUGCGUGGCAGCCACACUCUUCUGGCUUCUAUUGACCCUCUUCAUACGCAAGCUAAAAAGGCCUUAUUCCUCUGAAAUAAAGACAGACUAUUUAUCAAUCAUAAUGGAUCCUGAAGAAGUUCCCUUAGAUGAACAAUGUGAACGACUUCCUUAUGAUGCCAGCAAGUGGGAGUUUGCCCGAGAAAGGCUUAAACUUGGAAAGACGCUUGGGCAAGGAGCUUUUGGAAAAGUGGUACAAGCAGCCGCUUUUGGAAUUAAAAUGUCACCCAGAUACAAAGUCGUGGCUGUGAAGAUGUUGAAAGAAGGAGCCACAGCCAGUGAGUAUAAAGCUCUGAUGACUGAACUGAAGAUCCUGAUCCAUAUUGGUCAUCAUCUUAAUGUUGUGAAUCUGCUUGGAGCUUGCACAAAGAGUGGAGGGCCACUAAUGGUGAUUGUUGAAUAUUGCAAAUAUGGGAAUUUAUCAAGCUACUUGAAGAGCAAAAGGAAUUUUUUCUCUGCAAACAAGGACGCUUCCAUUCAAGUAGAGCUGAUGACAGAGGAGAAGAAUGUUGAGCCGGUUGGUGGUAAAAAAAGGAGGUUGGAGAGCAUCCCAAGUAGCGAGAGCUUAGCAAGCUCUGGGUUUCUGGAAGACAAAAGUUUAAGUGAUGCGGAAGAGGAAGAGGAGGAUGCUGAUGAUUUUUACAAGUGGCCCCUCAGCAUGGAAGACCUAAUUUCUUACAGUUUCCAGGUGGCCAGAGGCAUGGAGUUCUUGUCAUCUCAGAAGUGCAUUCAUCGUGACUUAGCGGCCAGAAACAUCCUUUUAUCUGAAAACAAUGUGGUGAAGAUCUGUGAUUUUGGCCUUGCACGAGAUAUUUAUAAGAAUCCUGACUAUGUGAGAAAAGGCGAUGCACGUCUUCCUCUCAAAUGGAUGGCACCAGAGUCUAUAUUUGAUAAAAUCUAUAGUACUAAGAGUGAUGUUUGGUCUUACGGAGUUCUGCUGUGGGAAAUAUUUUCUUUAGGUGCAUCGCCGUAUCCAGGUAUUCAAAUAGAUGAAGACUUUUUCAGCAAAUUAAAAGAAGGAUUACGAAUGAAAGCUCCAGAUUUUGCAACACCAGAAAUGUAA